AUGGACCCUCUACUUAACUCUACCAUGGCUGGUCCCAGGACCCAGAUGGUUUCCAGUUUGGUUACUGGAGCUCGAGACCUCGGUUUCUUUUAUGCAUCUACCGCUAUUGCUCUUACUGCGGUGCUUUUAGGUGGAUUUGAGUUUGGCCGUAAAAUUCUAAAUCGUAUAUUGUGGUUUUUUGAUGGCCUGCUGGGUGGUGCUCCCCAUACAGUCUCGCUUCCAGGUCCUCCUGGUCUGCCCAUCGUUGGAAAUCUUUUUGAGCUAAGCAAUGGCCAUGUCCCAAAGAUUGCUGAGUGGACCAAAAAGUAUGGUGAUGUUAUCCGGGUGUCACUUGGUGGGCGUGAAGCGGUCUUUAUUAACAGCCACAAGGCUCUCUCCAAGACCAUUGUCAAGCAAGGUCCGGCAUACCAAUCAAGGCCCACGUUCAAGCUCUUUCAUCAGGAUUUUGCCUCAUCUGGUAUUUGGACUGUUGGCACCUCACCAUUUAGCGAGCGUCUUGUCCGUACUCGCAAGGCGCUCUCUACCCAGAUUGCUCCUCGCCUCCUACCAAUCUACACACCCGUCAUUCACCCCAAGCUGAAAAAGCUGAUUGGUGAAAUUCUCACUCUUAGCCAAGGAAAUGCUGUUGAUAUGGCCGAGAAGCUUCACCGCUUCGGUACUGGCCAAGUGUCUGAACAACUCAUGGGUACUCCUCUCGAUGAUGACAUAGUAGGGAUGCUCGCGGAAAACGAGACAAACAUCUCUCGUGAUUACAUUCCUAUUUUGAGCGGUGCUAGUUGGCUUCGCUACCUGGCUGGAAAGACGCUGGGCAUCAAAAGCUGGUCAUAUGAUGAGAAGGAAGAGAAGGCUCGCGAAUACCGCAGGACGCAGCAAGUCUACAUCAAUAAGAUGCUUGGCGAGCUAAAGCAGCGUAUCGAAAACGGAGACCAGACUCCGUCAAUUCUGGGCAAUAUUCUUCGCCAGGGUCUGUUGAAAGAUGAAGAGGUUCUUCUGGCUUCUUAUACCGGCAUUGCCGCGGGAGUCAAUCUUGGCUACUCGCUUACUUGGAUUAUUGGUUAUCUUGCCAACAGGCCAGACCUGCAGGAAAACGGCUACGAAGCUAUCCGUGAGGUGUACAACGGCGAACCACCUAAGCCUCACAAAUACGAUCGAGUUGAAUAUGUCAAGGCCCUGCAUACUGAGGGCUCUCGUAUAUACACGCCAGUUCGACUUGGUUUUCCCCGGCAGACCCUUGAUGGUGCUAGUUAUGACGGGCAUGAGAUCCCUCCUGGAAUGCUUGUUAUCAUGAACCUAAUGGCCGCCAACCGAGAUCCAAUUUCCUUUGAUAACCCAAAUGAAUUCAUACCUGAGCGGUGGCUGAACGGCCGCAAGGGUCGCACCGACAGUUUUACUGAAGGUGGCGACAAGCUUGGCGUAACACAUUUGACGUACGGCUGUGGUCGGCGUGUCUGUCCUGGCAUUGAUAUGGCCAAUCGUGGCCUCUACUCCACACUCGUCCUCCUACUACACUUCUUUACUUGGGAGCGGCAACCUCUUGGGGAGGAGGAGAAGAAACUAGUUUUCCCACCCUUCCGUGCCGAGCGUGAGUGCUCGCUUGAAAUGGACGCAAUUGCUGAUACCGCUACACCCACAGAGGCUCAGGCCAUUCCAUGGUCGGCUGGUAUUAAGUUCCAUUGCCGUGAUCCUGAAGGUCUUCGCGCCUGGAUUGCGUCUGAGGAGACCUAG